AUGCCUCCGCGUCACCAUGAUGCGGGUGCCCAUCCCUUCCCCAACGCACCGCCUUCGCCGUCCCUCUCAACAACCACGCGUGCGUCUCUCGACUUCCCAUCGCGACCCGCCGUGCUCAUUACUAGAGCGGACCUGCGCACCUCGCUUGCCGCCUACGAAGCCUUGCUUGCCUCCGCCAAAGCCUACACUUCCACCAUGCUCUCCAUGGCAAAAGCAUCCUCCGACCUUGCCUGCGCGCUAGAGACGUGCGCUCGUGUCAAGGGCGCUCACGAAUCCGGUCCCGGGUUGCAGGCUGCCAGUGGUCUGCAUUUCCUCAAGAGCAACUACGAGCAGGUGCUCUGCGACACCUUCUGGAAAGAUUUCUCCAUCCCGCUCCUCAGCCACUACGACACCUACCGUUCCGCUUGCACCGAUCGUCAAGUGCUUCACGAUAAAGCUGUUACCGACAAAUCCAAGCAACUUAAAGAGGCAGAAGCGAGGAACAAUCGUGCAGGACGCAAAAAGGAGCGCGAUCUCAACUCGUUCCGUCGUGCGCUCGCCGAGCUACAGUCGCACGUCGACGCUAUCGAUGAGCUCAAGGCGCAAUACUACAACGAGGUGCUCGAUGCCGAGCAGGAGGUCUGGUCGUUUAUCGAAAGCAAGGUUGCUCUCAUCGUGCGAUCUCAGAUUGAGAUUUCGGAAAGGAUCAGCUCCAAGGGGCUCAACGAUCCCGUACUCGAGCAGAUGCUAGCUACUAUCCCGGAUCCAUUUGGCAGCUACGGGCCACCCAAGCAAGAUGGCGAGAUCUUUAGCAUUCUCCCGCCGAUUUCGCUGCUCAGCUCCGCCGCUAACAGCGUACACAACACGAGCACCGAAGCUGCCACCAACGACACCAGCGUCACUGACGGCGAUCUCACCUCUGAAGAGGCUCGAGCCGCCUCAGGCACUGCUGCCAACGCUUCAUCCAAGAGCAAGAGCGUGCUGCCCGCCAACAUCAUGUCGCCCUCCACGCCGAGCAAGGGUCUCUCUCGAGCUGCUUUACCUAACAACCUCUCUGCAUCCGUCACACCCACCAGAUCGUCCCACUCCAACACGGCAGCUGACGAAUUACCAUCAUCUUCAACGCCAAGAGCCAAAUCCACCGCUAACGCUGCUUCAGCCGCCACGCCUAAGGCGCGAGACUCCAAAGCCACUUCAUCUUUAAAUGGACGCACACACAUUGCGCGUGACUCACUGCUUGGGCUGUCAACGGUAUCGGAAGCCACAACCGCCGUGUCUGCGGCCACCGACAGCUCGCACGCACCUUCUGGCGGUUUAUUCGGCUCCGAGAGUGUCGACUUCGAGGAGCUCUUGUCGCGCGAGCAGCUUCGGAAGGAUGCAAGCGAGGACGAACCGCAGAUAGGUGACGAAAGCAAAUCAGAUGGACACCCUGCCGCGCAAGCCGAUUCGCUCAAUGCGCCCUCUUCGAGCGAUGCAACGGACGAAGGAAGUUCGGGUGGAAAUGCGACUGCGGCAGGAAGACUGCGCCAGGUAUUGAGCAUCAUCGAGGAGGAUGCCAAUGGGCCUCUGAGCAAGGCGGCUAAGAUGGGAACCGCUUCGAGGCCCGUAUCGUCGAUAUACGAUGCUGGUCCGGAUCCGUUUGCGGACCACGUUGUGGAAAGUCGGCGCGCGCAGAGCUCGACCUCUUCUCAAGAGGAGGACGGAGCGACAGCAGAGCAGCAACAGGAGGAACAACAGCCUGAAGAGACUGCUUCGCGUCACCGCCGCACGCCGUCCAAGCUGAGUAUCGACUGA